CGGAGUAGUUUGUAAGGUCUCGUCGUCUACGAUACCUCAGUCCGUGAUUUCAUCUUUCUCUUUUCUCGGUCGUGGCUUAGGCCAUAGUGUUAUACCAACAUGAAGGUCAACGUAAGCUUUCCGGCGACUGGAUGUCAAAAAAUGAUUGAAGUGGACGAUGAACGAAAACUUCGGCCUUUCUAUGAAAAACGUAUGAGCCAAGAAGUGUCUGCUGAACCAUUAGGCGAUGAGUGGAAGGGAUAUCUGGUGAGGAUAAGUGGAGGGAAUGACAAACAAGGAUUUCCAAUGAAGCAGGGUGUACUGACAAAUGGACGUGUCCGUCUGUUGUUGUCAAAAGGUCAUUCCUGUUUCCGCCCCCGUCGUACGGGAGAACGUAGACGCAAGUCUGUGCGUGGAUGUAUUGUUGAUUCCAAUCUCAGUGUGUUGAAUCUCGUUAUCUUGAAGAAAGGUGAUGCUGAUAUUCCUGGGCUAACCGACACCACUAUCCCACGUCGUCUUGGUCCAAAGAGAGCCAGUAAAAUAAAAAAACUCUUCAAUUUAGACAAAAAAGAUGAUGUACGUCAGUAUGUUGUGAAACGUCCUCUUCCUGAAAAAGAAGGGAGAAAACCAAAGACCAAGGCUCCCAAGAUUCAAAGACUGAUAACACCAGUUGUGCUACAACGGAAACGCCACCGCCUAGCUCUUAAGAAACGCAGGGCUAUCAAGGGUAAGGAAGACGCCGCUGAAUAUGCCAAAUUAUUGGCACAGAGGGCAAAAGAAAAGCGUGAGGCAGUAUUGAAGCGCAAGAGAUCAGCUUCUAUGAGAGAAUCCAUCAGGGAAUCAACAUCUAAGUCUAAGUCUAAGUCGAAAUAAAAAUGUUAAAUAUACUGCAAUAUUUACGAAAUAAAAGUUGAAUAUCUGGCCUA